CUAAAUUAUUAGUGUCUUCCGUGGAUCCACCAAAAGCUGUUCAUUUGCUAUUGAAAGGUACAUCGCGUUUUUAUCGCCUCACCUAUUUAUGUAUGUCUUCCGAUCCGAUGGAUGAUAAGCAAGCGAUUGGGAAAAUGAGUAAACGGCGGAAACCUUCAUUUGAUGAUGCAGCGACCAAACGUUGGAGUAAAACGCCCCGCCAGCUGCCACUCGGCAGCGCAAGAACGACUGAUAUUAACAUGUUACUCGUGAUAGCCUUCCUGGUCGUCAUCGCUACAACCAGUACAGAUGCUUCCAACUACUUUGACACUCAAGGACCUAAUUUCUCGCAUGAGCCGCCAUCGCGCAUCGAAUUCACCAACAAUGCCGGCAGCAUUGCCGAUUGCAUAGCACAUGGCAAUCCGCCGCCAAAUGUCGAAUGGCUGGACAAGGACAAUAAUCCCAUCACCUCGAUAUCAAAGUUGUAAAUCAACGUUACGAACCGGAAGUGCAAAAUCCAGGAGGUUUUAUUGGCAGCAAUGUGUUAAUUAAAUGUAAUAUACCGUCGUUUGUUAAGGAGUAUGUAACGGUAACAUCAUGGCUGCAGGAACCAAAUUUCAAUAUAUACCCAUCGCUAGAAGGAGAUGGGAAAAAUCAUAUGCUACCGACCGGCGAACUUCUGGUGUACAACAUCACUCGCACCGAUGCGCACAAAGUUUAUCGCUGCCGCACCCAUCACAAGUUGACGCAGGACUCCGUUGUGAGCAGCAAUAUGGGCAAAAUUCAAUUGACUGCUGGCAUACGAAACGACCAAACAACGAGGAGUCCAUCCAACAUUUGCUGGCGACAGGUCGUGCAAAAAUCAAGGAAGGCACGCUAAUUAUAACCGCAGUCGAUCGGUCCGACAGCGGAGCCUUCUUCUGCACUGCCACCAACUCGGAGGGCAGCGAAACUUUGGAAGUACAAAUUGCCGUUACAUCACCGCUCACUGCCAGCAUCCAACCCACCGUGCAAACAGUGAAUCUGGGCAAAACCGCAAACUUGAUUUGCAGCAUUUCGGGCUUCCCAAAACAGAGUGUUCUUUGGCUGAAGGAUGGGCAGCCACUGCGUUCUGGCGCGCGCGUUCGUCUACUCUCCACAGAGCACAUACGCAUUACGUCCAUUACGAAGGAGGACAAGGGGAUGUAUCAGUGUAUUGUGAAAAAUGAUUUGGAGUCGGCCCAAGCCACAGCGGAAUUGCGACUAGGAGAGGUGGCACCACAACUAAUCUACAAAUUCAUCGAACAGACCAUUCAACCCGGACCGUCAGUUUCGCUGAAGUGCAGCGCCAGUGGCAAUCCAACACCGAAAAUUGUCUGGCACUUGGAUGGAUUUCCGCUACCAAAUGUGAGUAUGGCAACCCUACUCAUAUAUUUAAUCUAUAUCAUUAUGUAUAACUAAUAAAUUUAUUAUUAA